AUGAAUAGAGAGACUUCUUGCAAUCAAACACAUAUUGCACCAGUGAUAAAUAGAGAUGUUCCAAGGAGUCAAUCACAAAUGCAAAAUCAGGAACAAUUUAAUCUAGUAGAGGAUAUGGUCAGUGACGCAUUUAGGGUAAAUGUGGCUUACGAUGAACCUCAAGACUUUGACGCGGAAGAGCUCCCGAAUGAGAAAGCGCAAAAGAAUGUUCCCGAUCAGUGUUUGGAAUUCUUCGCAAAGAUGAUGUUGGAUGUGACUCCUAUGAAAGAAAACAUGCCUACAAGUUAUUAUGAUGCAAAGAGGAUGGUGUCGAAGUUGGGAGUACAAGUAAAAAAGAUCCAUUGUUGCAUUCAAGGUUGCAUGUUAUUUUAUGACAAUGAAUUUGGUAUAAGUGGUGGUGCAUUGGAGGAGUGUAAGUUUUGUCAGAGCCCGAGGUUACAAAUAAUGUUUGCGUCUAUGCAUAGUGCAAGCCAAAUGUCAUGGUAUCAUACGAACAAAAUUAGUUCAGUUAUGAUGGGACAUCCAUCAGAUGGCGAGGCAUGGAAACACUUUAAUAAAGUAUAUCCUGAAUUUGCAGCACAACCCAGAAAUGUCAGGCUUGGAUUAUGCUCAGAUGGUUUUACUCCUUACUCCAAUCGUCAACCAUUUCAUAUUCUUGUUGGACUGUCAAGUCAAAAUGCGAGAAUAGAUGUAUAUUUACAACCUUUAAUUGAUGAUCUGAAGAGGUUGUGGAUGGGAGAGUGGAAUUUUGAUGUUUCUCGUAAACAAAACUUUAAUAUGCGAGCUGUUUUGAUGUGGAAAAUUAACGACUUUCCCGCAUAUGACAUGUUGUUUGGAUGGGGUACGCAUGGCAAAAUAGGAUGUCCGCAUUGCAUGGCACACACAAAAGCGUUUACUUUGGAAAUGGGUGGGAAAAACUCGUGGUUUGACUGUCACCCUAGGUUCUUACCAAUGAACUAUGAAUUUAGAAGAAAUAAGAAUGCUUUUAGAAAAGGAAAAGAAGUAACAGAUCUUCCUCCCCCUCAGCUGUCAUCGAUUGAAGUAUGGAAUGACGUUCGUGACCUGCCAAGAUUCACAGAUAAUGGUAAAGCAUGCAGAAUUCAAGGAUAUGGGGACACGCACAAUUGGACAAAGAGAAGUAUUUUUUGGGACCUUCCAUAUUGGAAGGACAUUUUGUUGAGACAUAAUCUUGAUGUUAUGCACAUUGAGAAGAACUUUUUUGAUAAUGUAUUUAACACAGUGAUGGAUGAUAAGAUCAAGACAAAAGAUAAUGAGAAGGCUGGAAAGGAUUUAGAACUUUUGUGUAAUCGAAGAGACUUGGAGUUGAAAACCUGGCCAAAUGGAAAAUUAUUAAAACCCAAGGCUUGUUACACUCUUACUCCCCAAGAAGCAAAAGCUGUUUGUCAGUGGUUAAAUGAGUUGAGAAUGCUUGAUGGUUAUUCCUCUAACCUAGCAAGAUGUACAGAUGCCCAAACCGUGAAGUUGCAUGGAAUGAAAAGUCACAAUUGUCAUGUUUUCCUGGAAAGAUUGCUUCCAAUUGCAUUCAGUUCACUUCCUAAUCAUGUGUUUAAUACAUUAACUUAG